UCUCCCGCUCUUAAAAGUCAAAGGGGAGAAAAAAUAUUAGCUUUUAUUAAAUUGUUAUUGUUGUGUCGUUACUUUAUUUUACUGAUUCUUAAUAAUUUUAUUAUGUCAAUCUGUACAAUAAAUUAUAUCAAAACAUUUAUACAUAUAUAUAUACAUAUAUAUUAUGAUCAUUCCUAAUUAGUUAGAUGUCUAAUAUUAAGAAACUUAAAGAAUGUGCAACGUAGUCCAUGAAAAGUUAUAUUACUGACGUGGUAGGUAACGAGUGGACGUUGGCGAAUCGGCCACAUCCGCGAUUAGUUGCGCAUUGAGCUGUUAAUUAAUUUAUAAUAAAAUGGUAUUGUUAACAAUGAUAGCAAGAAUAUCAGAUGGUCUGCCAUUGGCAGCUACUAUGCAAGAAGAUGAACAGAGUGAAAGAAGUACUUUGGAAUAUCAGAAUCAAGCAAAGAUGUUAUUUAGAAAAUUAGGUUUACAAUCACCUACAAGAUGUACUAUAGAAACUGGACCAUAUCUCUUUCAUUAUUUAAUUGAAAAUGAGGUAUGUUAUUUGGUAUUAUGUGAAAGGAAUUAUAGUAAACGAAUAGCUUAUAGUUAUUUAGAAGACAUAGCACAAGAAUUUCAUUCUCAAUAUGGUAAACGUGUUAACACUGUUGCUAGGCCUUAUGCUUUUAUUGAAUUUGAUACUUACAUCCAAAAAGCUAAAAAAGUUUUCUCAGAUGGUAGAUCACGUAGAAAUAUGAAUGCUCUUAAUAGUCAAUUGCAAGAUGUUCAAAGGAUCAUGGUUCAAAAUAUUGAUGAUGUUCUACAAAGGGGAACAGUACUUUCAGAAUUGGAUACAAAAACACAGAACUUGUCUAUGUUAUCACAAAAGUAUAAAAAAGAUGCAGCACAUUUAAAUAGCAAAUCUAUGUAUGUCAAAGCAGUUGCUAUUCUUGUUGCAUUUUUGGUAUUUCUGUUAUACUUCUUUAUUCUUUAGUUGAUCACAAACAUUUUUCACAACAAAGUUUAUUCACAACAAAGUUUGUUCAAAUCUAAAAGCAAGGAAUACACUAUGUUAUCAUGAGGGUAAAAAAAUGGGUUUUUGACUAUCAUCUUUGGAUUUUAUUUUUCAAAUAUAGAGAUUACACAAUCAGGCUACUGUUGUUAUUAUCAAAUUUGUUAGCCUUUAUUCAUCACAUAAUAUUGUGUACUAUACACAUUAAUUUUUAUUCAAUUAUUAAUAAAAUUAUAGAGAUUUUAAUAGAAAACAACAGAUGAUUUAACUUUGUUUUUGAUAUAAAUAAAAAUAAAUUGCAGGACAGAUAUAUUGUAAGUUUGAAAAAUGAGAAGAAUAUAUAUUAGGUAUAAGUUAUCGUUUUAUAAGUUCAUUAUAAUAACUUGAAUUUAUGAAAAUCUUUUUUCAUCACAUUUCCAAAAAUGUUGGAUUCCAAUUUAUAACUUAUUUAUUAGCAACUAUAGUAUUUUGGGGUAUUGUACAAGGAAUCUAAUAUAUAAAUAUUUACAUAUAUAUUAUACGUGAUGGAAAAGGAACCAAUCAAAUUUGUGAAUAUUUGCUUGUAUGUGUUAUUAAUGUUGUAAUGUUUCUAUCAAAUUGUGCCAGUUUGCUGAGAGAUAGUAUUUAUAAUAAAACUUUGAAUCCAAAUAGCAGAAUUUGAUAGCUAAAUUUUGGCUGUGCACAUGCACGAAUAAAUUAUUAGAAUGUUCAAAUUAA